AUGCUGGACUGGGAUUUUUGUGAAAAUACACCAACAAUAUCACAAGCACUGUUGUCUACCUUUGCAGGUCUUAUAAUCAGCAGUCAGAACGUCGCAUAUGCGAUAAGUAAGUUCCUUGGUGGAGUCCUCUCCGACAGAAUCAGCGCGAAACUGCUGCUUUCAAGUGGUCUUGUUGCUUGUGGUUUAGUGACAUUAAUCUUCGCCAGCUGCUCUUCAGUGGAAGUUUUCGCUCUUCUUUGGUUUCUCAAUGGUUUUGGACAAGGCUGUGGUUGGCCUGCUUGCUCAAAAAUUUUACGUCAGUGGUUCUCACCGACUCAGUUUGGUACAUGGUGGAGCGUCCUGUCCGCCAGCGCCAACAUAUCUGGUGGCGUCUCACCAUUUUUGUCUGCAUUUUUAAUUAUAAAUUACGGUUGGAGGUUCAGUUUAAUCAUAGCGGGUACAGUUUCUGUGGCGUUAGGAAUUGUAGCUUCUUUAGUUCUUAUUAAUUCACCGACAGACGUUGGACUUCAGUCCUUUUCCGCUAAACCGCCAGAUGAAAAAAAAGGUGAAAAGUCUGCAUCUGAGGGUUCUGUUGCCGAUUUAUUGCGAUGUCCAUCUCUGUGGCUUAUUUCAUUUUGUUACAUGGUAGUGUUUUGUGCCAAGACGAGCACAGUCGAUUGGGGCCAACUGUACCUCCUGGAGGACAGGAAACACACGCAGUAUGUUGCAAGCGCCUUUACCAGUAGCGUUGAAAGUGGUGGUUUUCUGGGUGGUAUUUUGGCAGGCUACUUAACAGACUGGGCACUGAGAAACAGACCUUCCAAUGCUGAUAAGGAACGAGGAAAUCCUAGAAUGCCCAUGGCUGCUUAUUUUAUGAUAAGUGUUCUUUGUUGUUUGCAUCUUCUCCAGUUUUAUGUCUCCGAAUCAUCAUCUAAGCUUUGGAUAUCAACCAUAGGUUUCGUACUAGGAGCUGGAUUUUACGGACCCAUCGCCAUUUACGGCGUUGUUGCUUCAGAAUGUGCUCCGGAUCAUCUCAGUGGCACUUCUCAUGCUGUAGUCGCAUUAGCUGCUAACAUUGGUGCUAUAAUAUCUGGGCUUCCAUUUAGCUACGUAGCGAAGUACUACAACUGGUCGGCCAUAUUUUUCAUUCUGGAAGUGACUACUGUGAUUAAUCUGCUGAUUAUGUUCCUUUGUAGAAAUAUGAACUAUAACAUGGCCAAAACGAAAGCGGAUUAAUUAACUAUUUAUCAUAGGCUAUAUAUUUUUAAAUAUUUCUAUUGUACAUACGCAUUAACUUCAUUAUGCAUUCGUUUUUAAUGACUCAUUGUUGAAUCUCAAAUGUGAGUUAUUAGAAUUUAAUUUUUUAUUAAAUAUUAAUGUGAAAAUUAAUGUGUUAUUUUUAUGAUUAAAAUUAUGUUGUUCUUGGGCACUAAAACUCAAUUUUAAGUCAAAUCGAAAUUUUUUAUAAUUCCAACCUUCUGAUUGAUCACCUUGGAAACCUCUACUUACAAGGUUUGGCACAAACGAGAGAUUAUUAUUAUUAUAGUUAUUGGAUGCAAUUUUGUUGCAUUUUCAAUACUUUGAAGAAGUUAAACGAACGUUUGCGUUCGUUUCUUAACUGAUUGUGAAACACUCAUAAUCUUUGUAGCAAUCUUUUCUAUAGUCUUUGUGAUAACAUAAAAGUAUAAUAAAUGAAGUAUUGUUAUUAUACGUAAUUCUUUAAAUUGUUGUCUGUAAUCUUCAGAUUUCCUAAUAAUCGUAUUAAAAAGGGAUACGUUAAGGUGUCUGUAUGAAAAGGUGACUUCGUUGAUUGUUAUUCUGUGGAGUUCCAUUAAGAAAUCUUUCCUUCAAUAGGACAAAUGUAAUUUCUCUUUUUCAAGACGAGUUUCGACUAAAUACAGUGGGUCACUGUGUUUCCACCAAUAGUUAUAACUGCAUAUUUGUUGAAUAUUUUAGGCUAAUUUUUAUAAAACUAUCAUACAAAUUAAUAGCUUCUUAAAAAUAUUAACUCCGCUGUAUUUAUAUUUUUAUGUUAUUUAAAUUAAAGAAACAAAUUGAAAUUGCUUAUAUACAUUAACAACCAUCUUAACUUUAUGUCGUCUGAAGAAAAAAUAGAAAUUAGAAAUUGGGUACUCAGAUAUAUGAAGAUCGGAUAAUUUGAAACCUCCUCUAAAAAAUUAAAUUUGAUAUUUCAUGAAUUCGAAUUCUUUCACACUUCUAUGUUCAUACGCAUUAUAAUAAUUAAAUAACGACAUUAAAUAAGUAAACCAAAAUAGUGAAGAAAAAAGUAGGGAUGAUACAGUGAAACCUCGGAUCACGAAUAUCUCUCACAAACAAAUCGGUUAAUGCACAAAAUAUCUGAAUAAAAAAGGCUCCGAUGAAGAAUUAUGUCUCGAGUUGCGAGCAAUCAAAUCAGCAACAAAUGAUUUUUAAAAGUUUUUGAAGUAACCCUGUGCCACAGGUUAACACUUACGAGCUGUUACAUCGUUUUAAUAUUUCCAUUGCUUAAUUCAGUGGUCUCAAACUGGCGGUCCCCGAAGCUAUUUUAGCCAGCUCUCGAAUACAUUUUCCGUUAAUUUAUUAGUAUUGUCAUUACAUUAUUUAUUAUGGAAUGAAUUUGAAGAAAGGUUAAAAAUUUUUAAUUAUUUUCAGCCCAGUUUUACAUUAUUUUCACUGCCAUUAAAAACAAACAUAUGUAACGCCCCAGAAAAUCUACAAAUGUAUUAAUUAAAUUACACUGUGAUAUAAAUCUUAAUGAAAGAUUUGAAGGUACAGAUUUGAUCAAGCUUUCCUGGGAAUACAUUUUUAUUUGAAAAGUCUUUUUCUGCAGUUGAAAAUAAAUCAAUUACAGAAAAGAGUCAGGCUGAUCGAUGAGCAUCUAUGAUUCAUGAUACAGAUAGUUUAUAGUAAUUUUUCUCCGAGGUUCCAAACUUUAUCGAAAUCGAAACGCCAUGAGAUAUUGCAGCUAAAAGUUAAAAAUUUACAUACAAAUAUAUAUAUUUUUCCUGUAUGCGUCAAAGAAAAAUUUAAUAAAUAAAAGAAACUUAAUAGGUUGUAA